AUGGCUGGGGAUUCGAAGGACAAUACCCGCCGCGAUGACAAUAAUGACAAUGUCCGCCACGAUGACAAUGACGACAACGUCCGCCGCGAUGACAAUGAUGACAAUGAGAACAUCCAAAUCACACUCAAGAAUGAACGGACUUUGCUGUACUGGUGGAAUGAUCACACAGAUGCUGGCGCUGAAUACAGCCUUCUACCUAGUAAUUGGUCCGCGACAGCAUCCGUGAGUAUCUCUCAGCGAGGGACCCCUAUAAUUUACUUUCGCAUCAAGGUGAAAAAAGAGACAUUUCUCUUUAUGAUACCUCUAGGAAACGUGGAUUCGAUAUCAACUGCUUUUAGAGUGGACAUACAGGGCAUUCCCGGGCACUACCAUCGGACCAACAAAUGGUGUACCGUCGGCAUUCAUCUCAUGAAGCGUGGUGUAUUAGCCAAGAAGUCGGUUCCUGGGACUAUGAAUCUUGCAGUGGCACCACAGGAGCUGAAGGAGUUGGCUUCGGCCACGAGCGUUUCCGCUCUUCUGCCAAUAAGACACAAACCGAAAUUCGAUUUCCUUCCUCUUUUGUUGAUGCGCCUCGAUGGGAACACUGACGACAUGGGGGAUCUGCUCCGAUCCCAUGGUCCACUGCAGAUCAUCAGAGUCAAUGAAGUUGAUACAAACAACAAAGCUCCAAUACCCAUCUACCUAACCCAGGAAGAAAAGCAAACGCAACGUCAAGAAAAGAAAAUCUUUCAGCGUCAGAGAGUUCUAGCGCUUCCGGUCAAGACUGAAAGCCUCGUAAAAGAGCGACAAGAGCGAGCAGACCAGCAGGCUAAGGCUAGGCUUGAUAAGCCGUGUCAAAGCUGGACACAGGCUAACGAAUAUCUCCUUUCUCGCAUCGAAACACUCGAACAUACGGUUCACUGGAUGGAAAGCGAUGUUGAUGAUGCAGUCAAGAAAGUUGAUGUUCAACUUUAUGACUUCCGACAAGAGAUGAACAUAUCCAAGGAGAAGUCUAGCGAGGAAUUCCAACAGUUGAUCGAUGGCGUUCGUAAAGAUCUCCAGGGACAGCUUAUGGAGGAGAUGCGUGAAAAGAGUGAUAAGACUAUGAACACCAUAUAUGAUGGUGAUAACUACAGAUUAGAUAUAUUUUUUGACGAGACCAGGCUUCAAUCAACUAAGGAAGUGUAA